GGUCUCUCUGGCGCUCACCCAGGGUUCUGUUGCAGAUCAACACGGCUGCCCUCUGCACAUGGGCAGAGUUGCCUCUGCAGGAGGUCCCAGUUCCAGCUCUUGACUCUAGAGAGGGAUCAGACGGAGGAGGAGGAGAAUUCAGCGGCCCAGUGCAGGGUAUUUGAAGAGGAAGGGAGGAUGACAGGAGAGCCAGACUUAGCUGUCCCUGGGUCAGGAGAUGGCCUCGAGGUCACCAGGGCUGGGAAUAGAAGGGAGCUGUGGGGAGGAACCGGGCAGAAGAGCCUGGGAGACAAUGUCCUUUCUCCAGAUGUGCAGCGCCAGCAAUUCAGGCUGUUCUGCUACCAGAAGGGUGAGGGUCCCCGAGAGGUCUGCAGCCGACUCCACCAUCUUUGCCACCAGUGGCUGAAGCCAGAGAGGCACAGCAAGAAGGAGAUGCUGGACCUGGUGAUUUUGGAGCAGUUCCUGGCCGUCCUGCCCCCGGAGAUGGAGAGCUGGGUCAGGGAAUGCGGGCCGGAGACCAGUUCCCAGGCGGUGGCCCUGGCAGAAGGCUUCCUCCUCAGCCAGGCAGAGGCCAAGAAUCAGGACCAGCAGAUGCAGGAAGAGAUCACCCAGAAGUUUUACCCUGGAGGAACCUUUCCAGGUAAGGCCUAA